CCCUCAAGCCACAUCCCGCUGGUGACAGCGCACCAAUAAGCUGGGACACAUAUUUCUCUGAAAACUUGGGUCUGGGAACUGCAUGUUGACCAUCUGCGGAUUUCAACCAUAAUGUUGGGCACUGUGAAGAUGGAAGGUCACGAAACUCCCGACUGGACCAGCUAUUACAAUGACGCGCAAGAGGUAUAUUCACCCAUGACCAACACCAGCAUGAACGUAGGACUGGGUUCCGUGCAAAGCAUGAACAGUUACAUGAGCAUGUCCACCAGUGGGAAUAUGACCUCCAGUUCUUUCAACAUGUCUUAUGCCAACCCCGGCUUGGGUGCAGGACUUAGCCCCGGAACCAUGGCAGGGAUGCCGACUGCCUCCAGCGCAAUGAAUGGAAUAAGCGGUGGAGUACCACCUAUGGGCACCGCGUUGAGUCCCACUAAUAUGAACGCCAUGUCCGCUCAGCAAGCGUCCAUGAGCGCAUUGAAUCCUUACUCUAGUAUGAGCCCCACGAUGAGUCCCAUGACCUAUGCCCAAACUAACAUCAACAGGGCGAGAGAUAACAAGACCUUCAGAAGAAGUUACCCUCAUGCCAAGCCCCCUUACUCGUACAUUUCGCUAAUCACAAUGGCUAUCCAGCAGUCACCGAGCAAAAUGCUCACUCUCAGUGAAAUAUAUCAGUGGAUCAUGGAUCUCUUCCCAUACUACCGCCAAAAUCAACAAAGGUGGCAAAAUUCCAUCAGACACUCGCUGUCUUUCAAUGACUGCUUCGUCAAAGUCUCCAGGUCACCGGAUAAACCAGGCAAAGGUUCAUACUGGGCUCUGCAUCCCGAUUCUGGAAAUAUGUUUGAAAACGGCUGUUACCUCCGCAGACAGAAGCGCUUUAAGUGUGAGAAAAAGUUGUCUCCAACUAAGGGAGGAGAGGGAAGGAAAGACCAGACGGGCGGUUCUGGCUCUCCGGCGCACGACAGUGGCAACUCCAAACCAGGGCACAUGGACUCAAGCUCGAUUUCCAGCUCCAACCAGUCCUCCAGUCCCCACAGCUUGGACAGAAGCGGUAACCACACUUCCGAACUAAAGAGCAGCGGGCCACCCCUGCACCCCGCAGCCAGCUCGGCCACGUCUCUGUCAUCAAUCCCGUUGCCUCCGCAUUCUAUGGGCCAUGAGACCCAGCUGCACCUUAAAGAUCCCCAUUACUCAUUCAACCACCCGUUUUCCAUUAAUAAUUUAAUGUCCUCAUCGGAGCAACAGCACAAACUGGACAUGAAAGCUUACGAACAAGCACUGCAAUAUUCAUCCUACGGCUCAGGGAUGUCUUCCAGCUUGCCCCUCGGCAGUGCAUCUAUGGCCGGGAGAGCCACUAUGGACCCUUCGGCAAUAGAGGCGUCUUACUACCAAGGUGUGUAUUCCAGACCGGUCCUAAACACAUCUUAGUAUCCUCUCAUUUUUACUGAUCUGAGGACCGACAGGAUCUUUUUAUUUUAUCUUAUAUUUUAUUAUUAUUUUUUGCAUGCACACAGUGCAAAGGACUGUUACUUUCAAAUGUAAGAAUGUGUAAGUGUAUUAUAAACUAUUCUGUAAACGUGUUUCCAUGAAAGAUUGUAUACCCCAGAUGUAAAUCAUCGCAAGUGUAUUUAAACCAACAAUUUUGAACUUGUAAAAUAAUGUUGUAUUCCCCAAACUUGUAGUCUCUAACGACGAAUGUGUCCGUGUGUUACAAUGUGCAUGAAUGAAGGUCAAUGUGGUGUUGUGGAACGCGUGCUGCAGGUAAAAAAAAAAAACAACAACAUGAAAUCAAAACAAAAUACAAAAACAAAGCACCUGUUUCAAGUGAUUUUUAUGUUGUUAGCAUAUUUUACAUUUUUCGUUUUAUUUACCAUUUUGACAAAGGCGUUUCAACCCCAGUCUUGUAUCAAAACAACUUUAUUCCAACUUGAAACUGCAUUCGAAAUAAUAAAAGAAUAUGUAUUUCUUUAUGAAGCAAA